AUGGCCAGCCACGAGCAGGGGCCUGCGGCCAGCCGCGACCACGGGCUUGUGGCGCCUGCCAGCCGCGAGCACGGGCCUGCGGCGCAUGCCUGCCGUGAGCAAGCCUGCGGCGGCAGGCCUGCUGUGAGUAGGGGCCUGAUGUAUCAAGCCCUGGGCGGCCGACCAUGCAGCGGCCUGCUGCCGCGAGCAAGGGGCCCUGUGGCGCUGGCCUGCAGCAAGCAGGCGCUAGUGGUGGACGGCUGCCGCGAGCAGGCGCCUGGGGAGCAGCCACUGACGGAGCACACGCCUGGGGAGAAGGCGCCGGCGUUGCAGGUGGCGUGCGCGUCAAACAGAAGAGAAGAGGGAGGAGAGGAGCAUACCAGAGUCGCCUGUUACUGA